GAAGUCAAAAAACAUGUAUCGUCAUGGUCGCGCUUCCGUCCAAUUCAUGGUUCGGACUUCGAACAUUCUUGAGUUAGCAGAAAGCCAAGAACCCUCGAAAAACCGCCGCGUUGCCGUCGUAGCCGUCGCUGACAACGAAGAUGAUCUUCAAUCUUCAAAGUGAAACUAACUUCCCAAACAUUUCCCUCUCUCUCUCUGCAACUCCAUCCCCAAUCCGAUGGAAUCGCUGUUAGCUCGUUUCUUCUAAGAGAGAGAGAGAGAGAUGAUGGAUCCGUCAUUCCUGCUGAUGCUGUCAAACCUCCUCCAUCUCCAGAAUCACCUGGAUCCCAGUUCAUCUCUCCUCUCGGACUCAUACGCACCAAGCAGCAGUACCACCUCCUCCCCAACAGCAAUCCUCUCCUCCACCUCCGCCGCCCCUCUCCUCUUCUUCACCAUCGUCUCCGUUCUCUCCUACGCCGCAUCCCUCCGCUCCUCCUCCUCCUCCUCCUCCACUUCCUCUUCCUCUAAUAAUAACAACAAUAAUGACUCCUCUGCCGACCACAGUGUCUCCGCCUUCCGAGCCCUCACCUCAGAGCACAUUUGGAACAUGGAGGCACCUGUGCGUGACACCCAGUGGCGCUCCUCCUACGGCCUCUCCUACCCAGUCUUCACUACAGUGGUCGAAAAGCUCAAGCCCCACAUACUCCAAUCUAACCUCUCCCUCCCUGCCGAUUACGCCGUCGCCAUGGUCCUCUUUCGCCUUGCUCACGGCUACUCGGCCAAAACCCUAGCUUCCCGUUACUCCCUGGAGCCCUACCUCGUCUCCAAGAUCACCAACAUGGUCACCCGUCUCCUCGCCACAAAACUCUACCCGGAGUUCAUCAAGAUCCCGGUCAGCCGACGCCGGCUCCAUGAAACCACUCAGGCUUUCGAGGAGCUCACCUCUCUCCCCAACAUGUGUGGCGCCAUUGAUGGUAGCCCCAUCAAGCUUCACCGCCUCCCACCGGAUCAAGACCUCCAUGGCCACCCUUCCGCCUACCGAUGUCGUUAUGCCUACGAUGCUUUGCUUCUCCAGGUCGUCGCAGACCAUAAGAAAAUCUUCUGGGACGUUUGCGUCAAGGCACCUGGUGCCACCGACGAUGCCGCUCACUUCCGGGAAAGUCUUUUGUAUAAUCGGCUUACUUCUGCAGAUAUUGUGUGGGAUAAGGUCAUCAAAGUCCGUGGUCACCACAUUCAGCCAUACAUUGUUGGGGACUGGUGCUAUCCCUUGCUGUCAUUCCUGCUCGCGCCUUUCUCUUGGAAUGGCACCGGCACGCUGGCUCAGAACUCAUUCGAUAAUGCCCUCAUGAGGGGACGAUCCGUGGUGGUAGAAGCUAUUGGGCUUCUCAAGGGCAGGUGGCGUAUUCUGCAGAAUUUGAAUGUGGGGCUAAACCACGCACCUCAGACCAUUGUUGCUUGCUGCGUGUUGCAUAAUUUGUGUCAGAUUGCAAGGGAGCCCGAGCCGUCAAUGUGGAAGGACCCGGAGGAGUCUGGUCCUCCCGCUAGGGCGCUUGAGAGUGAGAAGUCGUUUUAUUGUUUCGGAGAAAGCUUGAGACAGGCAUUAGCAGAGGAGCUAAGGCAACGGUUUUCGUCGAGUUUCCAAUGGAGGGUGAACCACUUGUCAUAACCCAAAGAGGCCUUGGCUGACGGUUGGUAUUGAAAAUUUUACCAAACUAUAUUCGUGGAUUCAUUGCUCAAAUGGGUAAUUAUAUCCAGGUAUGCUGUUGACCAUAUGCAGACUUGGGUUGAUUAUUUCAUUCUCGUUACAAAUGUCAUUCGCAAUGCAGCAACUGUUACCAAGAAGGCUUAGUUGGCAGGUAUCGCCAUUAUAUGUUUGAGAAAAUAUUUGUGUGGAGUCAAAUUUCUUUUGAAGGGAUUUAAGUGCCAUUGUGCAAUGCAAGAUUGGCACCAGAGGGUAUGCUUUCAUGAGACGCUUGUAUUAACCUAUGGAUUUUAAGCUUCGUUGAACUGGAAAAGCACCUCUCUAAUAGUUGAUCCAAUGUUGAUUUUAAGCUUAGGGAUUUCCAACAAAACCAACGUAAUAUCGGGUAUGCACUGAACCCAUGGAUUGUUCACGCUCUUAUUCAGAAGAAAUUUGUUAGGAUUCAAGGAUGAGGAGCAAGAGACCUACCCCCAGCAGUAGGAUUGGGUCACUAGGGGGUGGAUCGAGGAGAUUCCUGCGAAUUUUCUUUGCACAAGGGGUCGUAGAUUCAACAUAAUAUACAUUACCUUUAAACAAGUCAUGCAGAAGAAGGUGAAGUGACUCUGAGGAUUGGAAAUUGAGAAAAUACUGAUGUCUUACAUCUUUUAGCAGUGAUUGAUGGAAGAUUAGCUCAUGAGAAAUGAUUCCUCUUGGGGAGAAAGCUUGAAUAGGAUAGUGGACAAGUUCAUCUCUUUUCUUUUUUCUCCUUUUACUUUUUCCUUGCUCCUUGCUUUAGGUAGAGAUU